AUGAGAGCUGCUGCUGCUGCGAGGCACCGGCGGCCCUUCCAGCGGUUCUGCUGCUGUGGAGUCGGGCUGCUCGCCGUCAUCUGGCUCGCCCAGGUCAUCCAGGCACCAGAAACCGAAUCUUCUGCUCUUCGGCCAGGCGUGAACGACGGGACGCCGCGAUGGACUCGCAGGCUGCUGCAGGAGACGUCAGACAACCAGACCCUGGAUCAGCCCCGAGCAGCCAUCCACGAGUUCCCAGAGGACAUAUUUACCAAGGAGCAGCGGAGGAAAGGGGCUGUGUUGCUUCAUACGCUCUGUGCCAUUUACAUGUUCUACGCUCUGGCCAUCGUGUGUGAGGACUACUUUGUCCCUUCCCUUGAGAAAAUAUCUGAGAACCUGCAGCUGAGCGAAGAUGUGGCCGGGGCGACAUUCAUGGCGGCAGGAAGCUCUGCUCCAGAGCUUUUCACCUCUCUCAUUGGUGUUUUCAUCACUAAAGGAGACGUCGGCGUCGGCACCAUCGUGGGCUCGGCUGUCUUCAACAUCCUGGUCAUCAUUGGCCUGAGUGGGAUCUUUGCAGGCCAGACAGUGGUCUUGACAUGGUGGUCUCUGUUCCGAGAUUCCUCCUACUACAUCCUCUCUGUACUGGCCCUCAUUGGGGUAAUCUAUGAUGCCAGAGUCGUCUGGUGGGAAUCCCUGCUCCUCAUGACCAUGUAUGGAGUCUACAUUAUAAUCAUGAAGUUCAACUCCCAGAUUCGGGCGUUGGUGACGCGUCAGUUGAGUAACGCCGAGCCGUGCUGCCUCAGAUCCGGCGAUCACAGAGAGGACAAGAUGGGAGAGGACGCCUCUGCAUGCAACACGUCCAUGGUGCUGCUCAACAAAGGACAAUCUCACGGUCAGGAGCCUCAUCCAGUCGUCAUGGUGGAUGAGCUUCUGAUCCUUAACCCCCACAAACUGUCCUUCUCCGAGGCCGGCCUGCGCAUCAUGAUCACCCCUCACUUCUCCCCCCGCACCAGGCUCUCCAUGGCAUCACGCGUGGUCAUCAGUGAGAGACAGAGGCUGAUCCGGACUUCCAAAAACCAGCGAGACAGCGAGGCGGGCGCCGGGUCGAGAGGCGGCUCGACCAACAACAGCCUGAAGAGGACGGGCUCCUGCGCUGUGGAGAACGGAGGCGGGAGGCCGGGGAUAGUGGAAGCAGAGGGGGGAGACAAGCCCGGGGUCGAGGUGUGUCAGCAAGAGGAGGAGGAAGAGGAUGAUUAUGGGAUUUUCAGUCCUGUGCGGAUACCAGGUGGCUGCGGUGCGAGGGUGAAGUGGGUGAUCACGUGGCCUCUGGGCCUCCUGCUCUUCUGCACUGUGCCGAACUGUAUUCAGCCACGCUGGCACCGCUGGUUCAUGGUCACCUUCGUGGCCUCCACCCUGUGGAUCGCCAUCUUCUCCUACUUCAUGGUGUGGAUGGUCACCAUCAUCAGCUACACUCUAGACAUCCCAGACUACAUCAUGGGAAUAACCUUCCUGGCAGCAGGAACCAGCGUGCCGGACUGCAUGGCGAGUCUGAUUGUAGCACGACAAGGCAUGGGCGACAUGGCGGUGUCUAACUCCAUAGGCAGCAAUAUCUUCGACAUCCUCCUGGGUCUAGGUUUCCCCUGGGCUCUGCGCACCCUGGUGGUGGAAAAUGGAUCAUCAGUCUACAUAAAUAAUAAAGGACUGGUGUAUUCUGUCGUCCUGCUGCUGGCGUCCGUGUUUCUGACAGUGACGAGUGUUCAUCUGAACCACUGGAAGCUGGAUCGUCGGCUGGGUGUGGGCCUGUUGUUCCUCUACGCCAUCUUCCUGCUCUGCUCCAUCCUCUUCGGGCAGAUGUGAGGCCUUGAAGGGUCAAAGGUCGAGCCCUGUCAGACAAACACACCGAGUACCUACCCGGCUACGACACGUACUCUUUCCCAAAGCCAAAACAAAAGAGUGACAGCGUUGAUGUGUUCCUAGCGAGAGUAUGUGUGCACCUCCGUAAGAUUCGUUAGAGUAACACAAACAACUACACACACACACA